AUGGGAUCCUCACCAUCCAAAGGUAAUAAUUUAGUGACUCUGGGCUCAUUGAGGAGGAGAAGAAUGUUACCCCCUGCACCCCAAGAUCAGCCCAGGGAAGUUAAUUUUACAGAUGGAGAUAAUCAUAUGUGUACUGGUGCUACUGAUGCCGAUACUAAAGAGAAAAGGACAAAUGGACAAAAACUGAUCUUUCAAAGGGAUGUAAAUAUGGUAUCAGAAGAAGAUAAAUGUGCUACUGUGCCCACCCCAGAGCCAAAUGAAAGAGAUAAAUUGAAAAGUCAAAGAAUGAACAACAGCACUGUGAUACAGAAAGAAGACAAAAAUGGGGACAAGCAGGAAGUAACAGAGAAAAAGUCAGGGAGAAGAACAAGAAGAAGUUCCAGAGGUGUGAAAGUGCUGAAAAAGAAAGAAAGGGAAAUGCCAAAAAUUGAGUUUCCAGAGCCUCUGGUAAAAGCUCACCAAGCUGCUUACGCCUUUUUAAAUCCUAGCAUCAACAAAUUUGAUGCUGUACUUGGUUUACUGGAACAGGCAACUCAAACUCAAGUAUCUCUGCAGCCAAUGGUUUCUUUUAUUGCUUUACGUUAUGAAGAAAUAAUUCAGGCUCUGGAAGAAAUUAUUGAUGAAGGAGAAAAAAUGCUAAAAGAAAAUAGUGAACAUCUUGCUUGGCCAAGUCAAAUGAAAAAUAUCUCAAAUGCUGCACCUUUAAAAUCUGGCUCAGCUAUUGAACCCCCACCUGAUUUGUUACAGCAGCUGCUUCAAUACACCACGCAGAGAAUGCAGAAUGUGAGUCAGACAGUUGGAGGAAUUGGGGACUCUGCCCUGGAGGAGGCAGUGGAAUACUUUUCUUCAGUCUCGGAACUUUUGGAGGAGAAGCUGAAAAUCAAGCGUUUAGUUGAGUCUAGGUUAAUGCGACUCACAUCUCACAUUGAAUUGGCAUCUCUUCGCAAACCUGGGCCUGAGGACUCUGCUCUCUUUAGUGAGGACAGCGGUAUUGGGGCUGAGAGUGAAUCCCUUGCUGGAUCAGAAAAGCACCUUAGACGUAUGAGUUGUGAAUCUAGUGGAACAAAUAGAACUACUCCUUUCAGUCCUUUGGUGUAUACCACCAUGGCAGGAGUAUCAACAAAAAAUCUUGCAUGUCAAAUAAGUCCAACUGCUUCCCUUACUUCAUUGAACUCAUUAGCUUCUAUGUGCACAAUGAUGGCAAAUGUCCAAGGGGACUCGUUACUAGGAUCAGUCUCUUUAGAUGAAGGUGAAGAAGAUCAUGAGAAUUAUAAAAUGGGCAGAGAGACUAGAAAUGGGCAAGUAGGGAUAAGAAAGCAAUUUAAUGAUUCACCUGUAAAUUGUGAACUACAGAAGUCACGGCGCUUACCUUCCAAGUGCAUUAAAAAUCCUAAAAUUGUGGAAAUGACAAUCAAAAUGAAAAAUGCUUUGAGUGGAAAAAUGCAGUUUGUUCAGCCACCAAGUGGUGGUGUCAAACAAAGGAUAGCAGGCAGUCCAAAAACUGGAGGUGGCCAACGGGCUGAUGAAAAGGGACCAUCUCUGAAGAGAUCUCAAACAACUAUUCGAAGGAGUGUCGUUAAAACAACACCAGUGGUGAAAGAGAGGCGUUCCCGUUCCGUUGAGUUCUUGCACAGCAAAGGGGAGAAUCCUACUUUCCUUGAACUGGAAAAGUCUCAGAAAAAAAUAGGCCAGAGAUUACAGAAAAUGAACAAAACCAAGGAAACCACAAAAGGAGGAACAAAGUCUACAUCUAAAGAAAACCAGAAAACUUCACUUCCUGAUUCUCCAAAGAUAAACCAGAAGCACCCAUCUUUGGAAAAUUCUGGCAAUCUACGUGAAAAGGUAGCGCUUAUGAAAUGCACUAAUAUGGAGGAAGAUGAUAAAGAGAAAGGUAAGGAAUCGUUGACGGGCCUUGUGAAAGCAACACCACCUCCAAGUCCCCCUCAAUCACCAAGACCAUCUUCAGCACUGUUUAGAGGCAGAAAUUCUGUGAAAAAACUCAUUGAUACCUUUAGUCAAGGAAUAGAGGAGAUGGACAGCCCUAAUGUUCUGGGUCCACUUAGAGGUGUACGGAAGUGUGGUGUUCCAGUGUUACCAGGUUUAGGAAAUGUCACAGCUGUCCUUAGCACUGGGAAAACUAGUUGCAGAUCACAAAGCACUUCAGGUGAAAAGGCUGAUUAUUCAGACCUGGAUAGUCUUCCUCCACCCCCAUUAGAAGUGAUAAUGGACAAUUCAUUUGAAGGCACCCUUUCAGUUGGUGUAGAGGCGGAAGAGGUAUUAAAACCUGUGAAAUCACCUAUGGUAAAGAGGGUUGGACUGUCACAGCGACUACGGGCAUCAAUUCACUCUGGACCAGUAUUACCUAGUAAAGGCAGUGCGGAUGGUAAAACAGACUUUGACCCUAUCAACCAAAUUAUUUCCACUCCGUUGCAGCAAUUCAGAAAAAAGAGAUACCGAAAACAUUCCUCAGAUUCACAGUCUGAGCAAUCUUUAACAAAUUAUGAUGCAUCAUGCCAAUCUGCCACUCAAGAGGACUCAACAAAUAUACAGGAUAAUGAGAACCUCUUAAUCCCUGGAAUAAACACUACAGUCUCUAAUGUGCCUCCCUCAUUUGAAGCCAGUCAUGAACUUACCACUUCACUGCUGUCUAAGGGGCGAAUAUUGCCAUCUACACCUCCUACUUCAAAGUCUUCCCAUAGAAGACUUCCGAGUCCUCAGAAAUUAAAAAAAUCCCCAACACCACCAUCUUCAGCUAGUUCCCCAGUUAAUAACAGAAAAUCCUCCACUCCACUAGAAGGUCACAGUAGACUCCCCAGCCCACCAGUUAAGCAUAACAUUUUGAACUCACUAUACCCUUUGAAACCACCAUCUCCACCUGCUUCACCAAAAGUGCAACGAUGGUCAAGAGAGAAUAGCUUGGAAGAAUCUGCUCGGUUGAUCAAUAAUGCGCGUUCUGUUUUCUGCCCAAUUUCUCCAUCCUUGUUUGAGGCCCAGCCCUGUAAAGCUGCCCAAAUUUCUCAAGCCUGGACCUCUGUUGGAGGUUCUUUUCGAUCAAAUACCUGUGGGAUUCGUGGCAGGGACUCUGUGUCAGUCCAUGGACCUCAACCUUUUAUCCGUCGAAGUCUUUCAGAAAGAAGAACAACUUUAAACCUUCAACCUCGAUCCCCAGUCCUCUCUGUGGCCAAGACAUGUGGAAGUGAACCUUCAAUAUGCACACAGGGAUCUGAUGAUGAACCAGCAAGAAAAGAGGAAUCCUGGGGGAGCCAAUCAGACUUCAGAGCAACUCCCCGUUCUGCAUCCCAGCCGGACCUUUAUGUUGUUGGACAGGCCUUACACAAAGAGUAAACUGACCAAUGAAUUACCAGUGUCAUUAAGGACUAAGAGGCUUAAGAGAGGAUUUAAGGUGAUGGUGCUUCACUGGUCCAAAAGAAGGAACCAACACUUUCCACCUUCCUGCUAUGCGACACCUCAACAAUAAUUGUUUAAACACUUGCACUGUUUGAAAAAAUAAACGUGAUGUGUCAAUGUGGCAUGUUCUUUUUGUAUUAUAAAUACAAAAUAUUUAUCAGCAAUUCAGUUUAUCUUAUAAUCCAAGAACAACCAAUUAAUAAAUGAAAUCCUAUUAAAACUCAGCUGUAAAAAGAGUCUUUGUGUGCUGGAGCCUAUCCCAGCUGUCACCGGGCAGGA